AUGCUCCACGAGAUCCUUCUCUCCCUCUCGGGCCACCCCUCUCCCCUCCUCACCGCCGACCACUCCUCCCCCACCUCGAUCCUCUCACCACCAGAGAAAGCCCUCCUAGAAUCAAUCGCUCGUCUAAGUGAUCUCCACCGCACCCUACUCACACACACUGCUACAAUCGCCUCCUCGCAUCCAUCGAGCAUAUGCCAAGCGGUUGCCACAGCCAUCCGGUCCACGCACCUCGCUGCGUUUCAGCGGAAGGUGCUAGAGGUCGAAGAUGGAAUAUUACGGAAAGACGCCGGGAGCGUCGGGGCCUAUAAUAUCGUGCCAUUGACAGCUAUUGUAGGGCAGUUCUCCGGGUGGAUGAGGCGAAUGGAGUGGUUCGUGGAAGUAGUGAAGGUUAUGAUGCGCGGCGGCAAGGAACGAGGGAAGAAGUGUAGCGGUGCGAUGAUUAUCGAUUGGCUGUGUGAUGCCCUACAUACUGGCUACGUGGAUAUCGAGGAGGCGGCCCUGGGGCUGGUUAGAGUUGCUGAGACGGCGUGGUUGAAGCAGGUUUCCGGGUGGGUUUUGUAUGGGAGGUUACCUGGGGUUGGGAGGGAGGAUUUUUGCGUGCAGAUGCUGGAUGGGGAUGUUGAGGAGUAUGAGUUGCAGAAAGAGUUGCUCCCGGCAUUUGUUUCGUCCACGACGGCGGGCUCGUUGCUCUUUAUUGGCAGGUCUUUGAAUCAUAUCCGCGCCAGGGCCUUAUCGAGUUCUACGGCGCCGGAACUGGAUCUGGUGUCCUCGAAUUUGAAGCUGCUCUCAACGUUGAAGUUUCCUCUUGGCGCAGCUAACUUCUCACGGGUAAUAACCUCGAUCCGGCUCUCAUUGUCCCAAACUACGCUUAAAAAGCUAUUACCGACGAGCAAGGUGAUCGAGGUGUUAUCUCUACUGCGUCAAUUCUUCCUGCUCGGCCGUGGCGAGUUUGCUAUUGCCUUGAUUGCUGAAGCGGACGAGAAAAUCCGAUCGCGAUGGCAGCGAUCUGAUAAUCUAGCUUACGAGAAGCGCGAUGGUUUGGGCAACAUCGCCCUGAAGGAAGGCGAGGUUUCGGCCGUCCUAGCGCGGACGUGGGCUGCUAUGAGAUUGCUGCAAGGCCGGGAUGAGGAUCAGGAUGAGGAUGAGAUACUGGAGCUUGCCAGGGAUUUAGUCCAGUUGGUUAUCACGAAGUCGAGCUCAACGACGCCAUCGAAAGGCACUCCUAGUUCUUCCCAGGUGGCCAAGAUUGCCGCGACGCCGUUCAGGAACCUGUUACUAUCUGUGCCGGUUGUGUUGACGAUGCAUAUCCCAUCGCCAUUGGAUUUAUUUCUCACUCCAUCCGAUGUUCAGAUUUACUCAAGCAUCAAUGCCUACCUCUUCUCAAUACGCAGAGCACAUUUACGUUUGACGGAUUUGUGGAAAAUAAGCUCCCUACGCCGUGAUCAUCCCUCACCGCCGGGACCUCCAUAUGGCAGCUCUAAAUCUGGGCGGAAUAAAGUCCUUACAUUACGACAGCGGGCUAAAGAACGCUCUAUGGCUAUGCGGAGUGUGUGGGCCACAAGCAGCGCAGCUGUAUUCUUCCUCGGGGAGACAGAAGCCUAUCUCCAAGGCGAGGUAGUGGAAGGCACGUGGAACGGCUUCAAAAGCUGGCUUACCGCUGAAGAAACGGCCGAACCGUCAAAACCCGCAGCCGAAAAUGACGAGGACGAUGAUAUAUGGAUGAGAGCUGGACGGGAAUCCACGCCAAAUACAAACACGGGCCAUACGCAUGAUCCUCAAAGCCUCUCAGAAGCACACAGGAGAUAUCUCGCCGCACUCACAAGCAGCCUCCUCCUAACCACGCCAGCAUUCACAGACCCCCUCUUCCACCUCCUCCAACAAAUCGACCACCUCGUCGCACUCGUACACCGCAUCCACGCGAUCUGGCAAUCCCUAGAUCUCGAAGCGGACGAGGGCGUCGUAGACGCCUUCUCGGACUUCCACAAGGAGGAAGCGGACGUACGGGCACAACUCAUCGUCAUUGCUGGAAGGGUGAAAUCCGCAAUUGGCGAGCUGGUCAAGGGGUUGAGGGAUGUGGAUCAGGAGAAGGAGGGCUGGGAUUCUGGAUUUCAGGAGUUGGUGUUGGGGGAGGAGGGGGUGUUUGUUCCGAAGAAAGUGGGGAGGGUGGAUAGGUUGCUUAUGAAGUUGGAUUUUGGGGGGUGGUUUGAUGGGGGUGCGAAGGUGGGGAGUGAGGAGGGGGAGGAUGAUGAUGAUGAUGGGUUAUGA